AUGACACUCCUACACACACUGCUCAGGGCAACAGCCUUCAAGAACCCAUUGCUACGCACACUUGUCCCUACCGUGGCUCUUGCGUACGGCAUCCAAGCCGCCGUUGCAAUCCCCUCCAUCGCCGCGCAAACAGAGCGCUACUACGACCUCAGCGGCAGCCUGACUUACCUUUCCUGCACAGCACUCAGCCUCACAUUACCCUAUCUGCGGGCCCGCGCCGCAGGAACAGCAACAAAUGGCCUUGUCGACUACUUCGGCAACCAAGGUCUCGGACAAGGCACGACGUGGUGGUGGAGACAAGCGUUAUUGAGCGCUGCGGUGGGCCUGUGGGCUACAAGGUUGGGAUCAUACCUCUUCCGACGCAUUUCCAGUGAUGACGGAAAAGACUCGCGCUUCGACAGUAUCCGCUCUUCGCCGCCGAAAUUCCUGGUCGCGUUUUUCGCACAGGCAGCGUGGGUCUCGCUGUGUACGCUUCCCGUUAUCCUGGUCAACUCUGUGCCGCGCUCGGCAUAUGCCUCGUCUCUACUUGGCCAAGCCGUCUCGUCAAAACCGUACCUGACGGAUAUCCUGGGCCUGGCGAUUUUCGUGUUCGGAUUGGGAUUCGAGGUUGUGGCUGAUCGGCAAAAGGAUGCGUGGGUGCAGGCGAAGAAGGCGAAGAAGCACGAAGAGCAGUUUUUGACCCAUGGGCUUUGGGCUGUGUCGAGGCAUCCGAAUUAUUUUGGUGAGGCGACGUUGUGGUCUGGUAUUGCGGUUGCGGCGGCGGGGUUGCUGGUUAGGCAGCCGGCGCAGGCGGCGCUGGGGUUGAGUGGGGGGUUGAGUGGGAAGAUGCUGGUGACGGGCAUGUGUGCGGCGAGUCCGGCUUUUGUGAGUUUCUUGCUGCUGAAGAUUAGUGGGGUGCCGUUGAGUGAGGAGAAGUAUGAUAAGAAGUACGGUGGCGAUGAGGAGUAUCAGCGGUGGAAGAGGGAGACGCCCAUGUUUUUCCCGAAGCUUUGGUAG